CCCGGGAGGGAACUUGCGCCCUUCUGCCUUGAUUCCUGGCAAUAAGGGAGAGGGAAGAAAGUGUUGCUACCUUUUCUUGGUUUAUGGGGUUCUUGUGCCUCAAAAUUCCCUUGCCAGGUGGAAGUUUAGCAGUGGACGUUUGAAUCUUUCGUGUAUUAAUAUGGGAGAGGAGGGAAGAGAGCUGCAGUUAUGCCUGUUGAAUGUUUGCCUGCCAUGCAGCAAUUCAAAGCACUGUAACUAUGCUAGAGGAAAGAAGGGUCUGACUUCUGAGAAUUUUACUUGCAUCUGCUGGCAAUGUCCAUGAUCUUGUCUGCCUUGGUUGUCCGUGUGAGAGAUGGGCUCCCUCUAUCUGCCUCUACUGAUUAUGAGCAAAACGUUGGUGUGCAGGAGUGCCGAAAGUACUUCAAAACUCUUGCAAAGAGACUUGCUCAGCUUCCUGAUAGAUGCACAUUUCAUGCUGGACAGUAUAACAUAAAUUUUAUUAGUUCCUUGGGAGUGAGUUACAUGAUGCUCUGCACUGAAAAUUACCCCAAUGUCCUGGCCUUCUGCUUUCUGGACGAGCUUCAAAAGGAGUUCAUCACCACAUACAACAUGAUGAAGACAAAUACAGCUGUCAGACCAUACUGUUUCAUUGAGUUUGAUAAUUUCAUUCAGAGAACCAAGCAGAGAUAUAAUAACCCACGGUCUCUGUCAACAAAGAUAAACCUUGCUGACAUGCAGACAGAAAUCAGGCUGAGACCACCUUACCAAAUUUCCUUGUCUGAAAUGGGUUCAGCCAAUGGGUCUCCACAUAUACCUCUUACAGAAUACAAAGGUACUGGGAAAAUAUCUACAGCUCCUCACCAGCGACUAGAACCUGUGACGCUGUCCGGGAUUGUUUCCUUUGUACUCAGCCUUUUAUGUGGGUCUUUGAAUUUAAUUCGUGGUUUUCAUGCUAUAGAGAGUCUUUUGCAGAAUGAUGGAGAAGACUUCAGUUAUGUUAUUGCCUUUUUCCUUGGCACAGCAGCUUGUUUGUAUCAGUGCUAUCUGUUUGUGUAUUGCACAGGCUGGCGAAACAUCAAAUCCUUCCUAACUUUUGGCUUAAUCUGUCUAUGCAACAUGUAUCUCUAUGAACUACGCAACCUGUGGCAGAUCUUUUUUCAUGUGACUGUGGGUGCUUUUUCAACAUUACAAAUCCGAUUGAGGCAGCCACAAGGGAAGGCCCCUGAUUACAAUGUGUGAUGGUUGCCCUCCAAUGGUCCCAAGGCCAACUUGAUCCGAGCAGUAUUCCUCUCAGGAACAAAAAACUUUUCUGUAAAAGAGAAGCUUGUCAUACUCUAAGGGAUUAAUGACAGAGAACUUCUUCCUAAAAGAAGAGCUAAAAAUGAUUCGGGAACCUGUUAGGGUACAAAUGAAACCCCUGUACAAGAGAAUGUACCCCAAUAACAAAUGAGAAGUUGGAGGGACACCAUGAAGAACUUCACAUUCAGAAGUAUUAAAGGGCAGGAUUUGUAUUGGACUUGUUCUGCAUAUCAAGUGAUUUCAUCAAUUCCAAACCAGUUUUGCCUUUGUGAGGCAGUAGAAAAGGCUGAAGUAAAAGGAUGGCAUUGCAUAUUAACAACUGUUCAAUGUGAAUGAAUUCCUAAAUGCCAGAUUAUUGGAUUGCACAUAAAUGUAAUGCUGUGUGUCUGCGUUUUCCUUAAUUAAAAUCUAACUCGGAACCAUCUGUUCAUGUGGAUUAAGUCCUGGGCCUCAAAGGCCUGCCAUCUAGUGCUGAGUUAAUUGUGAAUUGCUUUGUUCUCCCCCUACCCCCCCCCCCCCACUUUUCUGUGUAUUAUGCUUUGAAAGAGAUUUGGAAAGUGACCUCCACAUCCCCACAUAAAUAAACAUAUCACAUUGUAUUUUUUCAGGCCCUUUCUCUAAUGCUUGAAGGAUGAAGAGAAGAUGGCUGAUGAGAGGAGUAAGGAGGCAGAAAUGUUGAGGGUUUUAUUUCUAUAUGAUGUAAAGGCAGAAGCCUGGCCUACUGCAGAUAGUUGACUAGUCUGAUUUACAAAGAGUCCAAGUCCUAAUAAUUUCAGAAGAAUUUGUUAUAACCCUUUUUGGGAACAAAGGAAACUACUAAAUGCUUUUGAUGACUGGUUGUAGAUAGCAGCUUGAUCAUAAAAGAGAUGAGUAACAUAAGAAGUUAAAGGCAUUAUUAAGGUUUUCAUCCACUGCAGUUAGAUAGCUAGUAAAAUAGGCUGGAAGAUGAAAUAGGAGCAUGUUCCUUCUGAAACAUCCAUAGGCAACAACUAGCUUUCCUUCAAAAUAAAACUUAAGUCAAGCUUGUUCAUGCAAAAAAAGGUGGAACGAGUUUUUAAAAGAUCUGUACUUGAGUUGUAUUCAGUAGUGUUCCUCAUCCUGACAGAGGCUGCUGCUGGCUCAAAUGAGCUUUCCCUUAGCAGAAUGAGGAGGGAGGUGAUUCCUCCCUUUUAUUUCACCUUCCCCGUGCAGCCAUCCCAUGAUAUUCCAGAGUCUCCAUACCAUCUGAAGCGGAUUUUUUUUGGGGGGGGGGAGCUGCAGAAAGGAGGGGGAAUGAACAAGUGUAGUUUCCCUCCCUGUUCCACUCACAGAUACCUCCAGUAGAUCAAUGAGCCUUCCCUCAGUUUGGGGGGGGGAUUCAUUGAUUACAUUCCUAUAUUUUAUACAUUACUAAGCAUGCUGGAUUUGCUACGUAUUGUUGGACUACACCCUGUGUGUUGAGGUGUGAGAACAAAUGCCUUUUCAACUCCAAGUCAAAAAGGGUUCUGACUGUGAGGAUAUUAGCAGCUGGGGUUAGAGACACAUUGUGCUGACAACAUCCACAAGUCAGUCAUGAGAUCAGGAAGCGUCUCUGCCAGAGACAAAUUACGAUUAGUUUAGCUGACAAAAUGGAUAAUCGCCAAAGGUGUGUGUUAGAACUAGGGUUUGAUUCCAGUAAGAAGAAGGCCAGACUGAACUUGGGACACCCCCAGCCCUGCCUAUCCCAAUGUCUUAUGAUCCUUCAUGGCUUUAGUUGUAAGCUAUCUACAUAAUGGUGAUGGUAUUGUCCACUAUGUCUGUGGACAAAAAGACACUGUAUUCUUAGUUUUACUUUAAAUUCCUGGCUGCGUCACACACUACAACUCUUCUGUAAUGAUGUUGCUCUAGGGCAUUACAAUAAAGUAUUAUUUUUCUA